AUAUAUCAGUCGUUGAAAAAGUGAAUAGUACAAUUUGCGAAACCCGAACAUUGCAAAUAUCAUGUUACAUUGCAAGUCCUUGAAUAAUUACAUCUUAAAAAUGUCGUAUAUGGGGGGGGGGGGGAUAUGUUAAGAAAAAAUAAUGGAAAUGUUAGCCAGGCAUAUAUGGCUCUGCUUUGCUUGUAACCAGGAAUGAGAGUACUUUGACACAUUACCAGCAGCGUAACGUUUUAAAUGUCAAGUGUUCCUUUCUUUCUUUCUCCCCCCCCCCUCACACACUUUGCGGAACACACUUGUACCUUGAAAAUAUUGAAACGCAGAGGUCGCUUCAACAUCAAUAAAUAACAAAAGAUCUCGGAACCAUGUGGUCUCGUGCCUUUAUUCCAUUCAGCCUCAUAUUCCAUUUUCGAAGAUGUCGGCAACUAGCGGAUCUCGCAUCCCUCAGCUCUCUCGCGAACACAUGGAGGCGUUGGUCUCCUAUAUGGAGACCAACCGCCAAUUAGCUAACCCUGCGGACGACCUGAAGGGCAAUCCACAAGGUGGUAGCCGCGACGCAGAGUGGCGGAUGCUGGCCGAGGUCCUCAACCGAGGCCAGCAGUAUCAGCGCACUGCCGCUCAGUGGCGCACCACAUGGCUUGAUAAGCGGCGUGCCAUUAAGAGAAAAUAUAACGAGUGGAAGGCGUCCUGCACAAGGACGGGGAACAGGACGUUCGAAGACGCCGUGGGGGAGUUUUCGGACAUAGACGCCCGGGUCCUGCAGCUGCUUGGAGCAGGUCGUGUUGACCACUUCUCCUCCAACUGGCUCCUGUCGAGUGGUCUUGGUCCGCGCACGUCACCGCGCAACCAGCAGAGUGGAGGAGAAGGUGGUGUGGAGGGCGAUGCUGCGGGCAACGCCGGCAACGACAACAGCAGCUCAGGAGCCAGCGACUAGUUCACCCCUGCGGCUGCACCUCCCCGUCGCGUGCAUACUGUGACGCCACCCAGCUCGACAUCUCCGCCACGCCUCGUGACACGCUGGGAGCAGGAGGACGCCACUCUUGAUCAGCUGGUGGCGGGAGCGGCUGAACAUAGCGCCCUCAUGAGCUCGGCCCUCGACCGCCUGGACCUCGUCGUGGAGGGUGUCCAGGCCAUCAGGACCGCCGUCGACACCAGCAACUAGCCCGUCGUCGAUGCGAUAAACAACCUUGCUGCCGCCAUUAACGACCUUGUGCGGCAGCAACAGUCACACGAACGGGCGAUGGAACAGGCAAUGGUGGAGCGGGCCCUCCUCGUUAUGUUGGCUCGAGCCCAAGCUCCAGCGCCAUGACGAUCCUCGCCAUCCCGUUGUAAAUAUUCUACAAAUCGUAUAUAGUGUGCAUAUUAAUUUCCGUAAU